AUGAGUUUCAGUGCUUUGACAAAACCGCAGAUGAGGGAUGUUCUGGCCAGGUGUCUGUGGAUUCAUAUUGUUGGAGCAUUCAUUGUCUCCCUGCGGGUUGCAGCUCUCUAUAAGUCUGGUGUGGUUAAACCAAGAAAGAAGGCGUAUGUAGGUUUCUACAGAAAUUAUGACUCCAUGAAAGAUUUGGAAGAAAUGAGGAAGGCUGCUGUCUUUCAGAGUGCAAAGUGA